UCGUUAAACAAUUGUAUCGAAAGAUACAAAACUACCACAAGACAAGCAUGAAUGAAGGUUCGUAGUUUUGUAUUAGUUGAUGAUUUUGCCGGAAGUCAAAGAAACUAUCCUACCUUUUUAAAGUUUACAAUAAGCGAGGAAAAAGUCCCAUUGACAUGACCUCCAGAGGUCUUAGACGGUCAAGAAGCAGAAGUGCAGAUUCAGGAAAAAGUGGGAGUCAUAAAAGUCAUGAUAGACCAUGGCUGAGGAACAACCGCUCUAAUUCACGCUCGCGGUCACGGUCAACAUCCAGAUCAAGAUCAUCACGAGGUCGAAGAACUUCAAAAGAUGGAAGCCGAUCGAGCUCGCCCACAAGGCCAGUGAUGAGCAAAGACCCAAAAUACGUGAAUGCACGGGUUUUUGUUGCAAAUUUGGCUUCUGAUAUUACAACUACUGGUGAACUGACCAAGCUUUUUGAAAAACAUGGCCGAAUCUUAGACACACUUGUGCAUCACAAUGGCUAUGGGUUUGUUCAGUUUGCACGGGAAGAGGAGGGCCGAGCUGCUGUGGCAUCUGUAAAUGGAACAUUAUUCCAUGGUAAAAAGAUAAAGUGCAAUAUGGCAGCAGAAAAGCGGAAUAAAAGUACUGCAGGAAAUGAUGGUCCAUCUACAGUAGGGGAUAAUAGGUUUAACAGAGAUCGUUCACCAAAUCGAGAACCAUUUGGGAGUGGAUUUUCUGACCCAUUUUUUGGGGGGCGAGAUUUACCUCCACCUCCCAGGGACCCAUACUUUGAUGAUCCAUACAGGCGACCAGUGCCACCUGACCCAUUCUUUGAUAGAUUUCGGGAUGAUCCUUACAGACGGGAUCCCUAUGCAAUAGAUCUGUACAGAGAUCCAUACAGAGACCCAUAUCCACCACCACCACCACCGGUCUAUGACACCCUGGGAGUAAGGAAACCUGUCCAUGUUGACUGUGAAAUCAUUGUACUGAAUAUGGUGUUGAGAGACUAUGCAGAGAUGAUUGAGCAUCGACUAAAAAAUUUGAACAUUCUGACAUCAGUUGUUGUGAUUCGUGAAGAUCGUACUAUUCAGCAACAAGUUGAAGAUGCUACACGACGAGGCUGUUUAUUUGCUGUAGUUAUCAACAGUCAAAAUGGUCAUCGAUCUUUGACACUGAAUAUUCUGCAUGGACUUCCUCAAGAACAUAGAAACAUGCCUCUGGAUGACGCGCUUGCUCUUGUUGCACGAAGUUUUGACAAAUACCUUCAGGCUGAAAAGGAAACAGCAGCUGCACUUAGCUCAUCUGCAAAGUUACCAUCUGUCCCAUUCCUACCUCCAGCAAAAGAAAUAGCAUACUUGCUGAACUUACUAGCUGAUAAUCGGCAGCUGACAGUUGAUGAAUUGAAUAAAGUCAUAGUUUACUUAAAGGAGCGUCGUGAUAAGCUGAUGGAAGCAGAGGGCAUACCACCACAAAAUGAUCAAAAAGUUCAAGAGAGUACAUCUAGUCAACCACCAGAACAGUUACUGCAGCAACAGCAAAUUUCACAGCAGCAGCUGCUACAGCACCAACAGCUACAGCAGCAACAACAAAUGUCACAGCAGCAGCAGCAGAUGUCACAGCAACAGUUGCAACAGCAACAGCAGAUGUCACAGCAACAGUUGCAGCAGCAACAGCAACAUCAGGAACUGCAAAGCAAGAUCCUCAGUCUAAUGAAUGGAACAUCUGCAUCAGUGCCCACCACUUUAACUGUCCCCAAAGCAGUGACAGGUAAUCUUGGAGAUACGUUACUGACCCUGACCAAAAGCACGUCACUGAAGCCACUAACUCAGACGAUGUCUCCAUUGCUUCCUCAAGCUGCUAGUCUAUCGAUGUAUCCUCCACAGCUGGUGGAGGCAGCUGCUCCUGCCUCUGCCCCUGCCCCUGCCCCUGCCCCAAGUUCAGCACCAGCUUUGAUAAACUUUGACAACCCUACAGUCCAGAAAGCACUGGAGAAUCUCAUCCAGAGUGGCCCCAACCUCCUGCGAAACAUAACCAUUCCCAAGACUCAGCCAGCAGCACCAGGGUCCACGGGACUUUUCCCUUCAUCUUCAACACAUCGUCCAUACUAAACCAGGACUGGCAGAGCAGACCGGCAAGAAUAUCUCCAUUUUGCUUGUUUCAUCUGUGCCACCGUGCUUUUUGAACGCGAGCGACACCGACAGCACAUUUUCUUCAACGGUCGAGUGUUUUAUCUUGGACUGCUGAACAUUGUUUUGAUGCAUGGUGUUGCCAUUUGACAAGCUGCUCUUCGCCUGCACAAUCUCAUGUGAAGAGAGGCAUGAAGCAGCAGGUAGCACCAUUUUAAUGUUUCUUGUGUUUAUGGCGAUAUUUACUGUCCUGAUGAUGACGUCAUCUCUUGGACAAGCCAGUCUUCAUCAUGCGUACAAUUUGAAGCUUAACAUCUAACUCAUUUUGAAGAAUGCGGAUCGAUUUGAGUGGUUAAGAGAAGGACUUCUUGAUUUACUGUUGUGUGCAACAGGUUGGUAAAGCAGCUCUGCAUUUGUGACUGUUUACCAUGCUGUUAGCAUAUGACUAUACGAAAUGCAAACAACUCUUGCAUAAUUGUUUUCAGUUAUGGAUGGAUAAAGUGUAAACUUUUUUUUUUUUAAGUUGUAGCUUCCUGUUCAGUUUUUCAAUCAACAAAACAGCUGCAUUUACAUUACAUGAAUGAAUAAAAGUGUUCAAUUUAAAAUUUGUUCUUUCUUUUAUUUCUGUAUAACUAUGGGAAAAUGUGCGAGAAUUCUCAACAGAAAUGUGUACAAAGAACCUGAAUAAAGAUGGUUUUCCCCCAGAUAAACUUGAACAGUUUUAUUUUUUACAGUCAAAGGCUUGUGUAUGGCUUCUUUCUCAGUUACUGACUUUUCUUUGCAUGCCAAUGUGCCCAUCUGCUGGUGAAGUUGAGUGGCAGGUUUUGAGCUCGUGGCUGAAAAAUUUUAGGCUGAACAGUUUAUACACAUACACCUAUGUGUUCAAUUUGGCCAUCAUGGUUCAUUAACUCACUGGAUGCUGGCAAUUAAGUGCAUAAUUCUAACUGCUGUCACAUUAACAUGAAGUGACAAAGUCUGCAUGGCAGGAACCAUCGUGUUUAACUGCUUUAGUGACUUUUGCACUUUUUUUCCAUUUUUUUCAAAGGAAAGCUGUCUUUCUUCAGGAUGAAAAUAUAGAUUCAACAAUUAACAAGUGGUGUUAAUGACCAUUUGCUUCAGACAAAUAGUUUCCUACCAUGUUAUUAGUAGCUGAGGUGAGUAACGAUUACAAUAUAAUAAAGACUAGAAGUUGCUUAAAGCUAGCACAUUGUAGGGCUAUAUUCAAGGCACUUUAUGGUGAAGCAAUAAAGCACUUAAUGCCAAAAAAGGUUAUGUCUAGGUCUAGGGUUUGAUUAUCUUAUGUAUUUUUUUUUCUAUGUGAGAUCUGUUUACAACUCUGGAACAGGUUUGUCACCAUAGUCUGCUUUUAAAGAUGAUGUAAAACUUAAACAAUGAAGUAGGUUAUGUGCAUGGUAAACGUUGAGAAGGAAAAGACAAAUGCACAUGUUUUCUACUCUUUGGGGAGUGAAAAGAAACUCAAUUUGGGUGGGUUUUUAUUUUGGGUAGAAAUUUAAAA